AUGGCUAAAGAACAGUUGCAAGUUCUCAAUGCACUAGAUUUGGCGAAAACACAAUUGUACCACUUCACGGCAAUUGUGAUCGCGGGAAUGGGUUUUUUCACAGAUGCCUACGAUUUGUUUUGCAUUUCCCUAGUCACUAAGUUGCUAGGCCGUCUCUAUUACCAUCACGAGAACGAUCAGAAACCCGGAACUCUUCCUCCUAAUGUCUCCGCUGCUGUCAAUGGAGUUGCGUUCUGUGGUACCCUAGCCGGACAGCUCUUCUUCGGUUGGCUAGGUGAUAAAAUGGGAAGGAAAAGAGUUUACGGUCUUACUUUAAUGCUUAUGGUCGUUUGCUCGAUUGCCUCCGGUUUGUCUUUCGGUCAUAGCGCGAAAGGAGUCAUGACAACGCUCUGUUUCUUCCGGUUCUGGCUCGGAUUCGGUAUUGGAGGAGAUUACCCGUUAUCCGCCACGAUUAUGUCCGAGUACGCCAAUAAAAAGACGCGUGGGGCUUUCAUUGCAGCCGUUUUCGCUAUGCAAGGUUUCGGGAUUUUGGCUGGUGGAGCGGUUGCUUGCAUUGUUUCGGCUGCGUUUAAGGGAGCGUUUCCUGCCCCGUCUUAUUUGGAUAAUCCGGAAGCUUCUGUUGUUCCUCAGGCUGAUUAUGUUUGGCGGAUAAUUCUCGUGUUUGGUGCGAUACCGGCUGCGGUUACCUAUUAUUGGCGUAUGAAGAUGCCUGAAACUGCUCGUUACACGGCUUUGGUCGCCAAGAAUGCGAAACAAGCUGCGGCCGAUAUGUCGAAGGUUUUGAACGUCGAACUUGUUGAGGACCCGGAGAAAAUGUUGAGAUUAACGCGCGAGAGUAAGAAUUCUUUUGGGUUGUUCUCUAGGGAGUUUCUCCGUCGCCACGGUCUUCACUUGCUCGGGACGAGCACCACAUGGUUCUUGCUUGACAUCGCGUUCUACAGCCAAAACUUAUUCCAGAAGGAUAUCUUCAGCGCGAUCGGAUGGAUUCCCGACGCGAGAACAAUGAACGCAAUCGAAGAGGUUUUCCAUAUCGCCAAGGCUCAAACCCUCAUCGCUCUCUGCAGCACGGUUCCCGGUUAUUGGUUCACCGUGGCGUUAAUAGAUAGAAUAGGGAGGUUCGCGAUUCAACUGAUGGGAUUUUUCUUCAUGACAGUUUUCAUGUUCGCUUUAGCCAUUCCUUACAAGCAUUGGACACAUAAGGACAAUCACAUAGGAUUUGUGGUCAUGUAUUCUUUAACGUUCUUCUUCGCCAAUUUCGGGCCUAACGCAACCACAUUCGUCGUGCCAGCCGAGAUAUUCCCGGCCAGGUUGAGGUCAACUUGCCAUGGAAUAUCUGCGGCUUCAGGGAAGGCAGGGGCUAUUAUCGGCGCUUUUGGGUUCUUGUACGCUGCUCAAAACCAGGACCCUAACCAGACGGAUAAAGGGUACCCUCCGGGCAUCGGAGUGAAGAAUGCCCUUCUUAUUCUCGGAGGAGUCAACUUGCUUGGAUUUUUGUUUACCUUCUUGGUCCCGGAAACAAAAGGAAAGUCCUUGGAGGAGGUGGCUCAAGAGAACGAAGGCGAAGAUGACGAAAACGAGACUAAUGUUGGUAACGAAAACAAGACUGUUCCAGUUUAGGCAAAGUGGUUGAGAGGUUUCAAUGUUGUUGUAUUGUUAUUUUGUGAUGAUCUAAUGUUUAGUAGCUCUCCUUGUGGUUGUAUUCUAAUGUUUAUGUUUUACUGAAAGUGGGAUGAAAAA